AUGGCAAGCACUGCUGUGGAAGAACAUUUAUGUGUAACACCAAAUUGUGGAGACAAGGCCAAACUUCGAUGUCCAAAUUGUGUCAAAUUAGGUCUUAUUGAUGGUUCGUAUUUUUGCUCACAAGAUUGUUUUAAAGGAUACUGGCAAGAACACAAGAAACUUCAUACAUCUGCAAAAAGUUCCACUUCAUCUAGUGAAAAUCCAGAGAACUAUAAUCCAUGGCCAGGCUUUCAUUUUACUGGAAAAUUGAGACCUUAUCCAAUCACUCCACGGCGUCUCGUUCCACCACAUAUUGAACGACCUGAUUACGCGGAUGACCCAAAUGGUCGAUCGAAAUCUGAAGAAGGUGAAAAAUCAGCAAGUAGCACGAUUGUUGUACUAACCGACGAACAACAAGAUAUAUUACGUGAUACAUGUCGAAUCGGCCGAAUUGUCUUAGACGAAGCUGCACGAUCACUUCGAGUCGGAAUGACAACAGAGGAGAUAGAUCGCAUUGUUCAUGAAUGUUGUGUUGAGAAUGAGUGCUAUCCGUCGCCAUUGAAUUAUUACAAGUUUCCAAAAUCAUGUUGCACGAGUGUUAAUGAAAUUAUUUGCCAUGGAAUACCUGAUUUACGUCCGCUACAGGAUGGUGAUAUAGUUAACAUUGAUAUAAGUGUGUAUAAACGUGGUUUUCAUAGUGAUCUCAACGAAACAUUUUUUGUUGGCAACGUCGACCAAAAAUCUCGAGAUCUCGUUCGUACAACCUACGAAUGUUUAGAAAAGGCUAUGGAAAUGAUUCGUCCAGGUACAAAAUAUCGCGAUGUUGGAAAUGUAAUUCAAAAGCAUGCGACAGCUAACGGUUGUUCGGUCGUUCGUUCAUACUGUGGACACGGCAUUCAUAAACUCUUUCACUGUGCUCCAAAUAUUCCUCAUUACGCCAAAAACAAAGCGAUUGGUAUAAUGAAACCGGGCCAUUCAUUCACAAUCGAACCUAUGAUUAACGCUGGAUCAUGGCGUGAUAUUCUUUGGAACGACAAUUGGACAUCAGCUACCGAAGACGGUCAACGCUCAGCUCAAUUUGAACACACAUUUCUUGUCACUGACACAGGCUGUGAUAUCCUAACCGCACGCUCAUCUGAAGAAUAUUGGCAACGAAAAUCAAUUCAAGGCAUUGUCUGCACUUAG